UCGGCGCUGCCGGGAGCCGCGCCGCGCCGCGCCGGCCUCGCCCGCGCUCUGCCCGCAGCGGGAGUCUUCAAGAUGGCAGCAGUGGUAGAAUUCAACAACGUCCAUUCAGUGACUGAAAUGCCUGAAGAAGAUGAUGCUAAACAUAGUUUUCAUCACAGAAUGUUCUUGGAACCUCAAGAGAAGAAGAGGAACAUGAAGGCUCUGGUGGUUAAGCAAGCAAAGAAAACUUGUAGCUGCACUCCAGACAAAGUUAAAGACUGUGUUUUCAAUCUCCUUCCUGUCUUGCAAUGGCUUCCCAAAUACAAACUGAGAGAGUGUCUACUGGGAGACAUAAUGUCUGGUCUGAUUGUGGGGAUUUUGCUAGUCCCACAGUCAAUUGCGUAUUCUCUCCUGGCUGGACAGGAGCCUAUUUAUGGCCUUUAUACAUCAUUUUUUGCAAGUAUUAUUUAUUUCAUAUUUGGGACCUCCCGCCACAUCUCAGUUGGCAUCUUUGGUGUGCUUUGUCUGAUGGUGGGACAAGUGGUGGACCGUGAGAUACAGAGAGCAGGCUAUGACUUAGAGCCUGCUGCUCUUAGUGUCCAUGCAGAUACGGUAACAUAUGUAAACACCACCAUUUCUUCUGUGAAUCAGACAUCACGUCAGCCAUUCUGUGAUAAAAGCUGCUAUGCAAUUACCGUGGGAGCCACCAUGACCUUCAUAGCUGGAGUUUAUCAGGUGGCCAUGGGUUUCUUUCAAGUGGGCUUUGUCUCAGUGUACCUCUCCGAUUCAUUGCUCAGCGGAUUUGUCACAGGUGCCUCCUUUACUAUCCUAACCUCACAAGCCAAGUAUCUCCUGGGCGUAGACAUUCCACGGAGCAGUGGCAUUGGCUCCGUUGUAACCACAUGGAUAAACAUCUUCAGAAACAUACACAAGACCAACAUUUGUGAUCUCAUCACCAGCUUCUUAUGUUUUCUUGUUCUCAUCCCAACCAAAGAGCUUAACGAACACUUCAAAUCCAGGCUCAGGGCUCCAGUACCAGUUGAAUUAUUUGUGGUUGUGGUAGCUACUUUGGCGUCUCACUUUGGGAAGCUAAGAGAGAAUUAUGACUCAAGUGUUGCUGGACACAUUCCAACAGGGUUUCUCCCUCCUCGCCCUCCAGACUGGAACCUGAUUCCUAAUGUGGCUUUGGACGCUCUCCCUAUAGCUAUUAUUGGCUUUGCCAUCACUGUCUCCCUCUCAGAGAUGUUUGCCAAGAAGCACGGUUACACUGUGAAGGCCAAUCAAGAGAUGUUUGCCAUUGGCUUCUGCAACAUAAUUCCUUCUUUCUUUCAUUGCUUUACAACAAGUGCAGCUCUUGCCAAGACUCUUGUCAAAGAGUCCACAGGUUGUAGGACGCAGAUAUCUGGCACGGUGACUGCUUUGGUCAUCCUAUUAGUCCUUCUUGUGAUUGCACCUUUAUUUUAUUCCCUUCAGAAAUGUGUCCUUGCUGUCAUAACCAUUGUAAACCUCAGAGGAGCCCUGCGGAAGUUCAAGGACCUGCCCAAAAUGUGGCAUUUGAGCAAAGUGGACACAGUGAUCUGGCUAGUUACUAUGGCAUCCUCUGCACUCAUCAGUACUGAGAUUGGUCUUUUGAUUGGUGUUUGCUUUUCUAUGCUCUGUGUCAUUUUUCGAACUCAGAGACCGGAGGCACCACUGCUUGGCUGGGUGGCAGAGUCUGAAACAUAUGAAUCCUUGUCUGCUUACAAGAACUUGCAAACCAAGCCAGGCAUCAUAGUGUUUCGUUUUGAAGCGCCCCUCUACUACAUCAACAAAGAAUGCUUUAAAUCCACCCUAUAUAAGCAAACUGGAGUUAACCCGGUCUGGGUGAAGGCAGCAAAGAAGAAGGCAGCAAAGAGAAUGCUUAGAGAGAAAGACGAGGAUUCUGGUGGCAAACCGAACAGCAUCUCAGAGGGACUCGUCUCUGAACCCCUGGGGUUUCACACAAUAGUGAUUGACUGUUGUGCAAUACAGUUCCUGGAUACAGCAGGAAUACGUACGCUCAAGGAGGUCUGCAAGGAUUACAGAGAGAUAGAUGUCCAGGUGCUACUGGCCCAGUGCAAUCCUUCUGUGAGGAGUUCUCUGAUUCGGGGAGAAUUUUUUAAAGAAGGGGAGGACCACCUUCUCUUCCACAGUGUGCACCAGGCUGUGGACUUUGCACUGGGUACACAGGAGCACAACAGGAGCUGUGCUUCUAAAAACUAGUUGUGGGAUGGCAGCAAUCAUGAAUGGUUCCCCCCACACAAUGGGUGUGGGUUGGUAUGUUUGUAUAUGCAUUAUGUUUGCACUCAGACAGAUAAAAAGAGGCGGAGUUGUUGUUAAUGCAGUGGUUACUGCCAGAGUGUUCUGAUGCUUUAACUUAUGUGUCUAGUGAUUCAGUAGGUGGUACUAAAUGAAAUUCUUAACUUUAUCAUGGCCUAUCUGUGAACCUAAGAGUUUACAUACAUAUGUUCAUCUCAUUUCUUUUCUCUCUUGAACUUUCCAUGUCCGAACUGCCCCCUGAGUUUAGAUCAUCAGCACUGAGAUCUUUAUCACAACCCUGUCUUUCUGCCAGGGACUUGAUUUUGAAGCUGUCCAGCCUUUUUGGCUAAUUGUAUAAUAUGCAGCAGUUCAUUUCUUGUCCCUAGUUCUGGUGAUACGCUUCCACGUGAUCACACCCUCAUAUUGUCUGAGGAAUUACUGACAGGGACUGUUUGCUCUGGAGUGAUCAGUUAGUGAUUUUAUAGCCUCUUUAAUUUUGGAACAGAUCAAUAAAAUUUAAAAAUGGAGCAACAAGUGUUAAAGAAUCGCUUAUAACCACCUAUUACCUCUAGAUACUUUGUCAUUGUCUUCCCAUAGUAUAAUGCAGCCAGAUGCAGGGGGCAUAGUUAUCUAAUUUCUACAUGUGUCUUUACAUGCCAGGAAAAUUUGCCUCUUUAGCUUGAAUUCCUUUGGAUAGUCUGGACUGAAUUUUAUUCAGAGAUGAUUUAGAAGUCUGAUUUAUGGUUAAUCAUUUGUUUUCCUCGUAUUUAGGAUCUGUGUAGAACUGCGGAUGUUAGAUACGGAAAAUCUCUUAAUUCUUGAAUUUCAGCACGAGACAGCCCCUUGCAGCCGUUUUUAAAUGCCGGUAGACAGAAGCAUAGGCACCAAAAUGUAAAAGACCUAAAAGACUAUUCAGCCUCUCUCUAAAUUUGUCAAUGUCACACAGAUUUCAUGUGUUGUUGAAUACAAAUGUUGUUGAACAUAAAGCCUUUAUACAUACCUAGUCAUGAUCUUUAUGUAAUUGGGAUGACAUGCCAAGAAAUACAGCCAUUAGAAAGACGGCCAGAGAAAAUUCUGCAGCUGAAAGUUAUUUCACCGUAUUAAUGUAAAUAAAAAUUUCUACCUUGUUUUUAAGUUACCCAGACCAAUGAAGAAAGCCUGUUUUUCAUGCUAAAGUACAAGCACUGGUUAGGAAGAGGUUCUUUAAUAGCAAUAACAUACAAUUAUGAAGGGAGAAUUGAAGGGUUAAAUUUUUUUUACUUAGUAUUAGCUAUAUGUAGCCCGUAGUACAUACUUGGAAGAUGAUGGUUCUUCCAGAGAAAUUUUCAGUCUGACUCACCGGUUCUUCAUGGCUUUUAAAAGGGAAAAGGUGUGGUGUACAAACAAUAUUGUUAUCCUUAAUAGAUCAAAAAUCUUCAGGCAGGCAAAUCUUCAUCGAGAAAGUGAUAAAAUGAAAUAUUAAUCAUGAAACACU